AUAGAGAAAAAAAUCAAUUUGGGAACGGACCUAGUAUGAAAUAAGGAGUAGGAAUGUGUAGUCAUUUUGACGAUGAAUAAGUGGAAUACAAGGUCCAAAAGAAAUUCCAAAACAAACCAACUCCUCCACCCUCGCCCCAUUUCCUCCCUCACGCUAUAAAGCAGAUCGCGCCAUUCUGAAAAAGUGAAAAAAACGGGAUCUUGCAGCCACCGCCACCGCCACCGGAGUUGAGGCGCCUCCCGAAUUUCAUCCAAGGUGCGAAAUUUUAGCCAGAAUUCCGCUGGGUAAGAGAGAUUUGGUGAUUGUUUGAUAGCUUUGGGUGAUCGGAAGCGUGAUAUGUAAGGAAUGGUGACUACUGCAUUCAGAAAGAUUGUGUACCCUUGUUGGAGGCCUUCCAUUGAAGACGAAGGCCAAGACUGGAGCAGCAGAGGGGGAGACCCUAACGGACGGGUUGAUGGGUUGCUUUGGUAUAAAGAUAUAGGGCACCAUUUGAAUGGGGAAUUCUCCAUGGCUGUGAUUCAAGCUAAUAACGUACUGGAAGAUCAGAGCCAGCUGGAAUCGGGGGCGUUGAGCUCCGUUGAAACGGGGCCUCAAGGGACAUUUGUCGGGGUGUAUGAUGGACAUGCUGGUCCGGACGCUGCCCACUUCAUAUCUAAUCACCUUUUCAACAAUAUCAAGAAAUUUACCACCCAAAAGCAAGAAAUGUCAGCUGAGGUUAUAACCAAAGCAUAUUUGGAAACAGAAGAGGAGUUUCUAUCCUUGGUCAGAAAGCAGUGGCUUAUGAAACCUCAAAUUGCUUCGGUGGGGUCAUGUUGUUUGGUUGGCAUUGUCUGCAAUGGUUUAUUGUAUAUUGCGAAUGCUGGAGAUUCCCGUGCAGUAUUAGGAAGAGUUGAGAAGCACACAAAAGAUGUUAAAGCCAUACAAUUGUCUUCUGAACACAAUGCAAAUCUGGAAUCCGUUAGAGACGAACUACACUUGUUGCAUCCUGAUGACCCGGAGAUAGUAGUUUUGAAGCACACAGUUUGGCGCGUCAAGGGGCUUAUACAGAUUUCACGAUCAAUUGGUGAUGCAUAUUUCAAGAGAUGGGAGUUCAACAGGGAGCCUUUGUUGCCAAAGUUUAGACUAUCUAAGCCCUUCCAUACCCCAAUCCUCAAAGCCGAGCCUUCCAUACAUGUUCACAAACUCCUCCCUGAAGAUCAGUUCAUUAUAUUUGCAUCAGAUGGUUUAUGGGAGCAUCUUACCAACCAAGAGGCAGUUGAAAUCGUGAAUACUUGCCCACGCAAUGGUGUUGCUAGGAAACUUAUGAAAGCUGCACUUCAUGAAGCAGCAAAGAAGAGAGAAAUGAGGUAUUCGGACUUGAUAAAGAUAGAGGGCGGCGUGAGAAGGCAUUUUCACGAUGACAUCAGCAUCAUCGUUUUGUUCCUCGACGAUCAUUUCGUUAUUGGUUUCGAUUUUGAGUUCUACCAGGAAGAUGAACAAUUGAGGAAGGAGUGAUCGUUUUGGUUUUGGGUUUAGAGCUUCAAACUCAGCAACGGGCUUAGGAUUGAGUACGAGAGGAUGGAUGAAGCUUAAUUGAAGAGAGAAGAGUGUGAAUAUACAAUUUAUCCAUAUUUCUUAACAGAAAUAUUAACAUGAGACUAUUUUUGGAAAACAAUAUAAUAAUUGGGAACUAAAUUA